AUGGGAUUCGACCUUGUCUGUGAUAAAGCAAUUUAUCCUACUUACGGUUUGGUAGCUUUGAACACCGGUGGCCCGAUCGGUGUUUAUCUGUUUGGCUCCCUGAACGACAGAAUCGGCCGAAAAUUGUCUUUUUUCACGUGCCUCGCAACCCUCAUAGCCGGAGGUUGCUUGACCUCGAUAUCGAACAGUUUUUGGUCCUGGGCGGCGUGUCGUUUCGUAGUAGGACUCACGAUUCCAGCGAUCUAUCAAAUACCUUUUAUCAUAUCCCUAGAAUUGGUUGGUCCGAAUUAUCGAUCUUUCGUGACGGUUUUGACCUGCAGUUUCUACACGAUGGGACUGUGCAUGCUGGCGGGUGUGACGUAUUUGAUACCGGAAUGGAGGAUUCUGGCGGCGACGACGAGCGCGCCGUUUCUGCUCUACUCCUUUUACUGGUGGUUUCUUCCAGAAUCACCCCGAUGGCUCUUGGCGAAGGGUCGUUUGGCAGAAGCCAACGAGAUUCUGAAGACCCUGGCCCUCGUCAACGGCAAGGAACUCCCUGAAUCGUUCACUCAAAAAUUGAAACAGCGGAUGACGAUGUCCAGGACGAAGAGCGAGGAGGAACGAUUGCGCAACGGCCCCGGCGUAUUGUCGCUGUUCAAGACCCCGAAUAUGAGACUAAAAACGUGCCUGAUUACGCUCAACUGGUUCGCCAAUAACAUGGUCUACGUUGGUCUCUCGUACUACGGGCCAGCCCUGGGCAACGAGGAACACGUGAGCUUCUUUUUCUCAUCGUUUGCUGAGAUACCGAGUUACUUGGCGUGUUGGGUCGUCAUGGACCGAUGGGGUCGUCGAUGGCCGCUGUGUCUUUGCAUGGUGACCGCUGGCCUGUCCUGCGUAGCGACUGUGCUUUUGCCUCCGGGUAAUAAAAGCAAAGAACCGACGAGCUUCCUCCACUCGAGCAUGGAACAACGCCUUGAAUCGAUAAUUAUAUUUUUAGACGCUGUUACGACCACCCUCGUGCUCUUCCUACUUUCCAAGUCCGCAAUUUCUGCCUCUUUUCUCAUAAUCUAUCCGUUCGCGGGCGAACUCUACCCCACUCAAUUGCGGGGCAUUGCUAUCGGCUUCUCAGCUUACAUAAGCGGCCUCGGACUCGUCAUAAUCCCUUUCAUCACUUAUCUGGGUCGUGAAAAUCUGGUGCUUCCUCUCGUUAUUCUGGGCGUCGUCUCAGUAAUCGGCGGUUUGUCCGGGCUCCGUUUGCCGGAAACGCUCCACCACCGGCUGCCACAGACUGUCGAGGAGGGAGAGCUUUUUGGAAAGGAUUGGAAAUGUGCUGACUGCCUCCGAUGUGUUCCAGUGAAACCAACUUCGGCCACGACCUCGUACGAGGACUUGUCGAGCGGAGAAGUCUUGGAAAUGCAGCACCAAGUGCCCAUGGACGACGAAACGUCCCGGGUCAUCGAUACCCAAACGAAUUUCGACGGGACAGCGGGAUUCGUGCGAGGGACUUUGGGCUCUAGCGUGAGCAGCGCGGGAGGAGCGUCUCGUCGUUUGGUUCGUCAGUCCAGCGUGAUGGACACGCAACGCGACUCCGAUGGCUCGAUUAAAAUGACUUAUUGGUUUUAA